AUGUGCAUGUCUAAACCUUACAUGUUCUUGUCAUGUCUCAUUCUCGGGCCAUUCAAUCCAAAGGUUCGCAUAGAUGUAUUCUUAGAGCCCUUGAUAGACGAAUUGAAGAAGUUGUGGACGGGUGUGAUAACAUAUGAUAUUUCAAGGAAACAAAACCUUAUUUUGAGAGUCAUGCUGAUGUGGACAAUUAAUGACUUUCCUGCUUAUGGUAUGUUGUCCGGCUGGAGCACUCAUGGUAAACUGGCAUGUCCACAUUGCAUGAAGCAGACAAAGGCAUUUAGAUUAUAUCAUGGGGCAAAAAAUUCCUGGUUUGACUCCCAUCGGAGGUUUUUACCGAAUGACCAUGCCUUUAGGAGGAAUAAGAAUGCUUUCAAAAAGGGGGAAGUGGAGAUGGAUGAUGCACCACCAUAUCUAACAGGAGAAGAAGUUUGGAAUAGAAUCAAUGGUUAUCCUAAAGUAACUGAAAAUGGUGCACCAAGAAUUGAUGGAUACGGUGAGUGGCAUAAUUGGACAAAAAGAAGCAUCUUUUGGGAUCUACCUUAUUGGAAGCAUAAUUUGUUAAGGCAUAAUCUUGAUUUCAUGCACAUUGAAAAGAAAUUCUUUGACAACAUCUUUAAUACUGUGAUGAAUGUUACGGGCAAGACAAAAGACAAUGACCAGGCUCAAAUGGAUUUAGCUUUGUAUUGCAGACGAAAAGAUUUGGAGCUAAAAAGCCAUAUCAAUGGAAACAUGUACAAGCCAAAAGCAAAUUAUACACUUUCUUCAGACCAAACAAAACAAGUUUGCCAUUGGGUCAAAGAUCUUAGGAUGCCUAACGGAUAUUCUUCUAACUUGUCAAGGUGUGUCAAUGUUAAUAGGGGAAAGUUCAUUGGGAUGAAAAGCCAUGACUGCCAUGUGUUUAUGGAAUGCUUAGUUCCUAUAGCGUUUAGUUCUUUACCGACUCAUGUUCUCAAUCCCAUUACAGAUAUAAGUCAUUUCUUCAGAGAUUUGUGUUCUACGACAUUGAAUGAGGAUGACUUAGUGAAGAUGGAAGAAAACAUUCCCUUCAUUCUGUGCAAGAUGGAGAGAAUAUUUCCUCCCUCAUUCUUUGAUUGUAUGGAACAUCUCCCUAUCCAUCUUCCAUAUGAGGCAAGACUUGGUGGACCAAUCCACUAUAGGUGGAUGUACCCUUUUGAAAGGUUCAUGGGAAAUGCUAAACGUUCGGUUAAGAAUAAAGCUAGGGUUGGAGGAUCUAUUUGCGCAUCAUACUUGCAGAGAGAGACAACUCAUUUUUGUUCCCACCAUUUCAAAAACUUCAUGUUAACACCACAGAGCAAUAGAAAUGAAGUAGACACUGAAACAGAAAGUCGUACUGCAACAUUAUCAGUGUUUGACCAGCCUGGUCGUCAUUCUAGGAGGGAAUCAACUCAUUGGUUGAGUGAUCAAGAAUUGAGAUCAGCUCAUGUUCAUGUUUUGAUCAAUUGCAAUGAAGUUCAACCUUACCUUGAGCAAAAAGUUCAUGAAGAUCCUUUAAGUGUGAGGAACCAACAUCUUAGAGAUUUAUCGCUUUCUCCUUUAAGGUGUGUAAAGGAAUGGCACACCUUCUUUGCUAAUGGGUACAAAUUUCAUACCCAUGCAUGGAGCCAGGGCAAGAAGACAAUAAAUAGUGGGAUUUAUGUUAAAGGGCUAAUAGAAGGAGGUCAAGAUGAUUUCUAUGGUGUGAUUAAACACAUCUAUGAGUUGGAAUACAAUUCAACAACCACUGAAAAGAAAAUUGUAUUAUUUUAUUGCGAUUGGUUUGAUCCAUCGAGAGUAGGUACAAGGGUGGAUUCAAAGUAUGGNANUGNNGAUAUUCGAAUGGAUAAAAGAUAUGUGUUGUUUGAUCCAUUUAUAAUUGCACAUAAUGUACAACAAGUUUAUUAUGUACCAUAUCCUACAUCACGCAUGGACAAACGAGGUUCGUGUGUUGCGAUAAAGACGAAGCCUAGAGGACGAAUUGAUUCUAAUGAUGUAGAAACUGAUGUGCCAUACCAAGAAGAGGAAAUGUCACAUGUUAAUGACGUCAUUGAAGUUGAAGAAGUUGUCCGAUUACAAGAUAUAGAAGCUGGUCUUGAACAAGUGGACCCCAACAAUAUUUCAUCAUUUCAAGGGCAAACGGAUGAAGAUACAAAAGAAUCAGAAGAAUACAAUGAAGAGGGAGAAAGUGAAGAUGACAAUGAAGAUGAAUUUCAAAGUUCUAGCACUGAAUAG